UUUUUUUUUUGAAUCAUGACAGAAAAUCAAUCUUAUGCCACUAGUAUUAUUCCUUCUUAUACUUUUGUAGUAGAUGGACCUUCAAAAGAUAAAUCAACAAUACCUAUUGAACAAAAACGAAUGGAUUAUCAAACAACAACAAAAGUAGUUCCUCCUGGUCCUUUACAUAUAGUUCCUUCUUGGCAACCUUUAGAUGCAAAUGAUAAGCCUCCUUAUUCUUAUGCUACUUUGAUUGCUCAUGCUAUUCUUUCAAGUGAUCAUCGAAGAUUAACUCUUAGUGAUAUUUAUCAAUGGAUUACUCAACAUUACCCUUUUUAUUCUAUGACUGAACAUGGUUGGCAGAAUUCUAUUCGACAUAAUUUAUCAUUAAACAAAGCUUUUAUUCGUAUACAACGAUCAUCAAAUUCAGGAAAAGGAAGUUAUUGGACUAUUCGUACAGGGCAAGAACAAGGUUUUAUUGACAAUCUGAUCAAACGACGUGGUCCUAUUCGUAAACAACCAGUGACAUUACCUCGUACUUUAUAUCACCAUCGAUCAUCAUCCUCAAAGAAUAACAAAACAAUGAAUAAUUCUCCUUUAUUCACCACUUUUCGAAUGACACCAUCAACAUCAACCAAACGGAAACGAUCCAUGCCAGAGUUACACCAACUAAUGGACGACGAUCAUGAUUCUGAUUGUGAUAGUGGGAUCGAUGUAGGCCAAGAAUAUACAACAUCCAAGGAAAAAACAAGCAAACCAUUACUCAAAAAGGCAAAAUCCACACCGUGUUUAUAUGAUGGUCACCUGUACGACAAUAAUAAUAAUAAUAAUAAUAAUAAUAGCGAUAAUACUAGCAUUACUUCGAUCUUGGAUGAUACAUUUUCACUUCUACCAACAACACCUUUUAUUCCAACAACAACCACUCUGAUGCCUACUUGGUUGGACCCUAUAACAUCAUCAUCGUUUUUCGACUGGUUGGAUCCAUCUAUACCUUCAACGCCAACAACAACAACAACAACAACAACAACAACAAUGACAUGUCAAGAUAUUUCUUUUCAAGAUUUGUUAAAUACCACUGAACCAUCUUCCACCAUGCUUUCUUUUGAACAACAAAUGGGAUCAUUUCCUUUUGAUAUCUUUGAUGAUUCGCUCUUGAUGACUGAUUGGGUUGUAUGAAAAAAAAAAAAAAAUAGAUGCAUCGGCGAUUUGGUGAUACCUUUGUAUUAUACUUCAUUCUCCCCCCUGAUUGUUUUUUUAUCUACUUUAGUACACAUACAUAUUUUUUUUUUAUUUAUUACUCUCCCCACUCAUUGGCUGGCCCAAGUAUAUUACACAAUAAUAAACAUCCGCUCUUUCUUCCGUUU